GUAUUUCAGCAUCCUUUGGGGGUGGAGACGUGGCAAAGGGAGCAGCAGGCGGCGACAGGGACCCGGGAAGGGGCUGCACAGGUCGGGACAUGGAUGGGGACAUAGGGGCAGGAAAGAUGGCGUCCCCUGCCUGCUCCAUGGGUCCCUUGGACAGCCUGGAGCUCCUAGACCUCUUGUUUGACCGGCAGGACGGCAUUCUGAGAAACGUGGGGCUGGCGGAAGGCUGGAGCCACGCUGGGAAGGAGCAGAAGGUACUACCACAUUCCGACUCUGAUGACUUCCUCAAUUCCAUCCUGGGACCUGGAGACUCUGACCCCAGCUCCCCCCUGUGGUCCCCGGCUGACAGUGACAGCGGUAUCUCCGAGGAUCUCCCCUCAGAUCCCCAGGACACCCCUCCUCAUAGCAGCCCUGGGGCAUCUGCCGCAGCAGCCAGGUGUCACCCGAGCCAGCGAGACAAGGGGCCCUGCCCCUCCUACCCACCCAGUGCCCCAUGCCCUGCGCCUCCAGGGACACAAGUACUGGAGUCCUCGGUGGCCAUUGACCUGGACUUGUGGAGCACAGAUAUGCUGUACCCGGAGGAGCAAGCUGGCUCCCCUUCCAGAUUCAACCUCACGGUGAAGGAGCUGCUGCUGUCUGGCAGUGGUGGGGACUUGCAACAGCAUUCCUUGGCCUCCUCCCAGCUGCUGGGACCUGGGAGUGCGCACUGCCAGGAGCUGGUGCUGACAGAGGAUGAGAAGAAGCUGCUGGCUAAAGAGGGGGUGACUCUUCCCACCCAGCUGCCGCUCACCAAGUAUGAGGAGAGAGUGCUGAAAAAAAUCCGCAGAAAGAUCCGGAACAAACAGUCGGCUCAGGAAAGCAGGAAGAAGAAAAAAGAGUACAUCGAUGGUCUGGAGAACCGGAUGUCAGCCUGCACUGCCCAGAACCAGGAGCUGCAGAGGAAGGUCUUGCAUUUAGAAAAGCAAAAUCUGUCUCUCCUGGAGCAGCUGAGACACCUGCAGGCUCUCGUGGUCCAGUCAACCAGCAAGUCUGCCCACGCGGGCACCUGCAUAGCGGUCCUUCUACUGUCCUUCGUCCUGAUCAUCCUCCCCUCCAUCAGCCCUUUCGACUCCAACAAGGUCGACGGCCCUGGAGACUUCGUGCCCGUGCGAGUGUUUUCCAGAACCCUCCACAAUCACGCUGCAUCCCGCGUGGCUCCCGACAUCGCCCCAGGCUCCGAGGUCCCAGGACCCUGGGCAGACGUUGGUGCUCCCCACAAAGGUUCUUCUUCCGGCAGCCUCGGCGCAGACUGGGGGAAUUUUAUAGAAACACCGAUGCUUAGUGACUCGACAGAAGAGCUGGACAACACCACCGUGGGGGAGGGCCUGCGCCAGGCCACCCUGCUGGAUUGGGUGGCUUUGGAAUCACUGCUCAGCCCAGGUCGUGUGGGGCUGGAGAUGCCAGGGAUGGAGAGGUGGCUGUCCUGGGUCCCAGGGUGGCUCCGGGUCCGUCUGGUGCAGGGCGCUCUGGAGGUGCUGUGACCAGCAGUAGCAGGUCCAGACUUGAGACAACCCUAGGGCUCACAGCACCUCCCCCGUAAACUGAUCCCCGCUUAUCAAGUGGGGCAGGACCACCAGGCCCAACCACAGACCCCGGCAUAGGGCAAGACAAGACACACCUGAGCUAGGACCCCCAACUCACAGAUCCCUCCCUGUCCCCUCUGGGACCUGGGCUCCCCAACACCGGGGACUUGAGAGUAGGCCCAACCCACAGAUGUCCAUCUCCCUAUUUUCUUUCAGAGACAGGGUCUCACUCUGAAGACCAGGCUGGCCUCGACCUCAUACAGAUCCUCCUGCCUAUGCCUCCCAAGUGCUGGGGUUAAAGGCUGCGCCACCACCAUCCAGCUAAACACCCAUUUCUAAGACUAUGUGACUGUCAAUAAAGUAUUUUGACAAUA